AAGGUAAGUCCACAAUUAUACUACCACGGGAGCCGUUUCAAAGUAAAUCCACAAUCAUACUACUAAUACCACUACAUCGCGCAAUGUGGGUUGUUGAAACUUGUUCUAUAAAGUACUCUUGUUGAUGGGUGAACAGUAAUACAAAGAAGAGUCCUCUUGUUUGUGGGAAGGUCUUAUUUGAUAAUCAAAAUGAAAGCAAAAGAAUCUAAAAAACGUUUUGUUAAUCAUUUAGGCAUUAAACUUCAGAACAGAAAAAUUGAAAGAAAGUUAAAAAAAGGAAAGAAAACAAAAUGCAAUAAUGUUGGUAACCAUGAUAUUAAGCACAAUGGAAUGAAGCUGAAAAGGCUUGGACCUGCUCGGAAACAAAAGAAGAUUAAUGGGAAGGGUAACCAUAAAAAUCAAGAUAAGACUUUUCAGCAAAAGCAGGAAGAAAGUAGAGGAUUUCAAGUAGUUUCAUCAAACAGUGAACGAUUAGCUCGAUUACAAGAAUUUGUUGACCGAGAAGCAGGAAAAAUGGAGAAAGUCAUUAAGAAACAACCAAAUUCAUUAGAUACUCCAGCAGAAGACAAUAAAAAGAAAAACUUAAUUAAGAAUAAACAGAAGCUUCUGAGCAUCCAGAGAGAUCAAGAAGAUGACACAAAAGAAAUAAACAAGAUGGCUAGACUUUUGAGACUAAAACCUGAACAGAAAAAGAAAGUUGCACCCAUGUUCUCUGAUGAUUUUGGGGAUAUCCUGGCAGACAUAGAGGAAGGGUCAUUGAGCCGUGCUAAGGUCUACAGUGAUAAAGAUAAUUUUAAGAAAUUUCUUAUGUGUGAGUCUGGUUCAGAAGAAAGUGGAUCUUCAGUCUCUAGUGACGAUGAGGAGAUGCAUGCUUGGAAAGAGACCUCAGAUUCUGAAAAAGGAUUAAAAAUUGAUAAAGAGGAUUUUUCUGAUGAAGACCUUGAUUGUGGAUUAGAAAUUGUCGAGGAUGAAAAUGAUGAUGAGGCAUAUGAAUCUGAAGAGAGUAAUGACGAGAAAUGGGAUGAAGAAAUAAGUGAAGUCGAUUUAGAGGAGGAAUCCUCAGAUGAGGAUGGGAGAGAGGGAAGAGAGUUGUUGGAUGCAGAGGCCCAGGAAAGUAGUAGAGAAGAAAGUUCUGAUGAAGAGCCUGUGCAUGAUGAAACAAAGGAGUAUGAGCUUGCAUUUGAAGGUGGAAGUUCUUUCAGUAAAGCUGAAUUCUUGAAUAAUGGUAUUCUCAAUGAUAUUGAUAAUUAUUCUAGUAAUAGUGGUGAUGAUACUGAUCUUGAAGGUUUUAUUGUUAAUGAUGAUUUUGUUGAGCACGAAUCCAGUGAUGAAGAUAUUUUAGAAACAAGUGAAAGAAAGCUGUCAAAACAAGUGAAAAAGUCAAAGAAAUCCAAAAAGAAAAGACAGAGGCUUAUUGCCAAUAGAAAUGCUGAUCCUUGUAGUUCUGACAAUGAGUCAGAACUGGAGCCAGACUCGAGAUACAGUGCAGAGUUUGGUGAAGGGACUGUUGUUACCAAUGGUGAAAAUGAACUGAGAGCAGGUUUACUGUUAAAAAAUAGAGGAAGGUUGAGAAUAAGAAGUGAUACUGAAAAUGAAUCAGAUUUUUCUUCUCCCAUCAAGAAGAGAAGAGUGGAUUCUUUGUCAAAUGGAGAGUGUUUGCAACUGGGACGCACUGUAGCAUUGAAAUCACAAUUAGAUGAGGUUGGCUCAGGUGCCCAAAGUGUUUGUGGAACAGAUAGUCUUGGAGAAAGUGUCACCAAAACAGAUUUAAAGCAGGGGAAGAAAAAGAAAAAGAAAAAGGCACUUACGAAUGAAAACAUUGUAGGGAAAAGUGUUAAACCACCUCACCUGCAGAUCAAACAAAAAGAGGAAGUGACAUUCAAAGAGGGUGAGGAUGAAAGUGUUUCAAAAGUUCGAGAGAAGAAGAAAAAGAAAUUGAAUACUAGUGUUGAAGCUGACAUAAUAGUUGAAGAGGAAAAUAAUUCAAAGUGUAAUUUGAGCACUUCUGAAAACAAAGAAGCAAAUGCAGUUGAAGCAGAAAAUGAAGUCAUUUUUAUUAAAUCUAAGCGGGCAAAGUCCAAGAAGAAAAAGAAACAAUCUUUACAAACAGUUGUCAGUGAAAUAGAUAGGGAAAAAAAUAAUGGGGAAAAUGUGUCGAUAGAACAUUGUGACGAAGAAAAUUUCGUAGAUGUAGUGAGUGAUGAAGCAAAUGAGAUUAAAGAGGAUAUUUAUGGUCGCUUAAGAGAUAAAGAAGGAAACUUUAUACAAGAUAAAAAGCCAGAGACUAAUGGCAAAUAUGUACCACCAGCACUUCGAAAGCUUCUGGCUAUGAAUGUUAGUGAAAAGAAAAAAGAGCAGUUGGUGCUGAAAAGAAAUCUAAAAGGACUAAUAAAUCGUCUGGCUGAAAGCAAUUUAGCUGGAAUUGUUAGCCAGAUUGAAGGCUUCUAUCAGAAACAUAGUCAGAAUGAUAUGAGUGAUUGCCUAAGCCAGUUAUUAACUGAAUCACUAGUUCUCCCUACCUUGACCCCAGAAAGGCUCAUUCAUGAACACAUGUUACUCAUCGCAGUUUUGUCUGCAAAUGUUGGUAGCCAGGUUGGUGCUCAUAUUCUAACAGAUUUUGUUGUUAAAUUACACGAGAAGAUGGAAGAAAACUCAAAAGACAUCAGCUGUAAGGAAUAUGAUAACAUAAUGCUUAUUAUAUCCAGUCUCUUCAACUUCAGAGUAGUUGGUGCUCGCCUCAUUUACGACAUUCUUCAAAGACUGGCAGAUGUUUUCUUGGAGAAAGAGGUGGAGCUCAUCUUAUUGAUCCUGCGCACAGUUGGCUUUUCUCUUAGGAAAGAGGAUCCUCUUGCUUUGAAAACUUUCAUUACACAAAUCCAGUGUCAAGCAUCGCAACACCAGGCUGAAGGAAGUUCAAAUUAUACUAGAAUAAGUUUUAUGUUAGAGAUAAUUCAUUCCAUUAAGAACAAUAAUCCCUCUAAAGUACCAAAUUAUGAUCCUUCACAUGUGGAGCAUUUGAAAAAGGUCAUGAAAGGGUUAAUCCAUAAAGGUAAAAAUAUAAGCCCCUUGUAUGUCACUCUGGAUGAUAUUUUGAACAGUAAGUCGCAAGGUCGCUGGUGGAUUGUAGGCUCAGCAUGGUCUGGAGGCUUAAAAGAAAAUAACCUUCCUCAUGAGAGGGAGACUGUUGAAACUAAAAGGUCUGCUUGCAUAGAAGAGGAGUUUAGUGAACAAUUUAAGAGUAAAGCAGCAAAACUAAAGUUAAACAGACCCCCCCGUAUCAAUAUUAUGUAUGUAGUUACUGAAGGAUCAGAAGAUUAUCUUGAUGCCUUUGACAAACUAUUACAGUUGAAGCUUCCCUCUAAUCAAGAGCAAGAGAUUUUCAAUGUCAUAUUACUAUGCUGCCAAAAGGGAAAAUUAUAUAAUGAAUUCUAUUCGUACUUAUCAUGUAGAAUGUGCAAAUGUAAUAAUAAAUUCAGGAGGCUCCUCCAGUUUGCUGUAUGGGAUAAGUUUGAAGAAAUCGAUAACUGCAAACCUAGAGAAGCUGAAAAUUUAGCAAAAUUUUUAGUUCAUUUAAUUGGGGAGAAUGGACUAAAUAUAACAAUAUUGAAGAAUUUGCCCUUAAUGGAGGCAGGGCCUCAAAUGAUUGACUUUAUGAGAAUAAUUUUAAAAGGGUUGCUUCUCCACCCAGGUGGUGUGGAGAGGGUGCUGGAGAUAUUUGGUAAAGUUAGUGGUCAGCCAGAACUUAGGUUCUUUGUUCAAAGUCUUAAAGUGUUUAUCACUAAAUUUCUUAUUUCUAAAAAGAAAAAGGAUAAACCUGAAUACAAAUUGUUGUAUGAGAGAGGUCAGGAUGUUUUAGAGCUAUUGAGUUCAAGAGGAGGAGUUUCUAUGUAACUUUUCUCAAGUAUGAAUUUGUAAUGAGUAUAUUACAUAUUGACUUUUAAAUUUCCAUGAGGAUACCAUGAUGGAAGUAAAUUGAAAUUUAUAAACUGGAGUUUUUAUUUUCAUAUACAUUUUUUAUGUGUAAGAAUUAUUCCUACAGGCAAGCGCUUCUAAAUUCAGGGAAGGUUUCUGUGGUGUCCCUUACUACCUUAUAUAAUAUCUAAUAAUAAUAAUAUGACUGUUCGUAGCACAUAAGUAAAGUCUGUGCCACAGUAGAUACAGUAAAAAGCUUGAGUUCACAGCAAUUCCACUUUUUUAAAUGAAUUUAGUACAUAGUUUUUAAAAACUUUUGCUAAGAAUUGCACUGCAAUAAAGAAAGAUGGAUGGAAAUAGCCUUGAUUACUAUAUAACAUAAUACAAGUAGCAUUGAGAUGAUCUAUGCCAUGAUGUCCAGUUUGUGGGGAAUUCGUGAAAUAAUACAGAAGCCAGCCAACUUGUUUUACCAUCUGCUUUGCUUACAUCUGAAAGAAGUGUAGUGCUCUUUCAAUUUCUUCACAUCUUCAUAAUUAAAUUGGGCUUAGUGUUUUCCUAGUUUAAUCCUCUUCUUCAUGCUCUGCAUAAUCAGCAGUGAAGAAAUUGGUUAUAUUUGCUAGAUUUAGUAUGUUUCCGGACUUAGUAAGUGGUGGUAAGAGUGCUAUGUUUGAGUUCCUCAGAUUUCCUGCAUAUUUUACCUAUGCAUUUUAGGGUUGUUUUUUCCCACGUGUUUAAUAAAGUAUGUUCUGAUGUAUGUACAAUAAAGCAUUUUAUAUCAUUU